GGCAGUUAACACAACUACCGUACAUGAGAACAGCACAGAUGGCGCUCUUACUGUGAGAAUGCUGCACACGUUUUGCGUAAAACGUCACAUAGUUGAGCAGAUCAUGUGGCGUUCUUCAAAGCGGUCUGUGCUGCUUGAACAGAGUAGAAUGUAAAGUGUUUUGGUCGUGUGCUUUAAACACAUCCAUCCACAUUCUCGAUUAGAAACUUUGUCGGCCUUGAAGAUGAUGCCACUGGGCGGAGCAGUAACUUUCUUGUAUGGCGCGAACUCGGCGCGAAGCUUCUCGAAUGACGUCGCGCUGGAAGUUUAGGGUACCGUCAUGUGAAAGAACGCCUCUUGAAAUUGAGUAUGUGUUUACAGUCCCAGGUCACGCAAUCGAGCAGCUGCAAUCGAAAGAAUUGAACCGGAAUAGACUAAAGAGUGCACGGCCAGACAAGAGAAAUGGGCACGCGAGGACCCCCAGCGCCUGUCAGAAAUGAGGUGUGUCCAACUUUGUAGAAAGCAACAAGAAAGUUCUUGCAUUAAAAGAUGAAGAUCCAUAAAGGGCCAAAAACAGAGCAACAUCUAAAAUCUUAUAUGCCGACUUUCUGUUGGAGAAAGAAGAUCUUGAGAAAAAGCUUGUUUGUGCUAAAAAAGAAGCUGUGGCAGGCUGUGAAAGGAGCUCCUUGACAGUUACAAUGAUGACAGUAGAAAUAGGUAAAUACCAGCAAAGGCUGCAGGAGAUGUGGCCUGAAAUAGUACAAGAAUGGAGCCAGGAGAUCAAAAUGAUAUUGGCAAUCCUGAAGAGGGAGGGUGUUAUUACAGGUGAGGACCAGAGCCAAAUCGACAGGUCAGACCUGGGCACCACAGGAAAGAUGAGAGAAUUACUGGUUGUGCUUAAUGGCAGAGGUGAAGACACCUGCAAGGACUUUUUGAGCCUACUAGAACACAUAGGUAAUGCACAGACCAUGGGAGGUUACAUUUUGGGGCAAAAUUGGCCACAUUUAGAAAAUUCUGUAUGGACUUGGAGUAGUGAUGGUUAUGCCAACAGAGAUGGCCACUUGGUUAAUUUCCAUCAAGUUCAAUCUGAGAAUAUGAGUCUAACUUUACAACACCAGUUGUCUUCAAGACAGGCAUCUACUUUCAGUAUUAUGCUUCACUCUGAGGAACUCCUGCUGGACUGCAUAGAGAAGCAUAAACACAUUUUAUCAAAUCAGUACAGGAAAACUGCUGAUUACUUUACUCGUAACCCCAAUGGAGAAGAUCUGGAAAGAAGGUGCACCAAUGUGACAAUCAAACUUAUAGAAGGCUACACAGAGCAGAGUCAACAUGAGGUGACUGAAGUGGGAAACAGCUUCAAAAUCCUGGAUCCGGAAAGCUCACAGAACUUGUGUGAACUAGAAAAGAUGUGUCAGGAUCUGUUGCACUACAACAGGGAUGUCAGCCUACUAUGUGGGGUUGCAGGAAGCGGCAAGACGACUGUUACAAUGAAGCUUGUUUGGGACUGGGUUAAAAAGCCCAGAUCUUGGACUUCCAAAAUAAUCUUUGUUUUUACCUUCCGAGAACUCAAUCUGAUCUCUGACUGUAAAAGUCUGAAAGAUCUGCUCUCCUCUCAUUAUAGCCAUCUGAAGCCAGUCCUGGGACAGCUACUGUCUGCAGAUCCUUCUAGGAUGCUUGUUAUCUUAGAUGGCCUUGAUGAAUUCAAGUACCCCUUAGAUUUUGCAAACACUCCAAAGUGUACGGAUCCAGAUCUGCCUCAAAGCAUUGGGUCUUUGGUGGUCAAUCUCAUCAAGGGCAACAUUCUUUUAGGGCUGCCAAUUCUUGUCACUGCCAGGCCUCAUGCUGUUAGCAGAAUCCCUCAGGAGUAUGUCAGGAGUUUCUAUAAGAUCUUGGGAUUCUCAUCCUCCCAGCAGAAAGAGUACUUCCACAAGAGCUGCCAGAAUCCAGAGAUAGCAGACGAGCUAUAUGAAUUUAUCUCAAGUCAAAGACCUCUGUCCCUCAUGUGUCAUAUACCAGCAUUCUGUUGGAUCACAGUGACUGCCUUGCAAGAAGAGAUCUCAUCGAGGAAAGCUUGUGAGGCCAUUGCUACUGUAACUGAAGUUUACUGUCGUUUUCUCAAAGCUAUCAUAGUGUUUCAUGGAGAUGGCAGAGAAGGCUCACAUGUUCAAAGCCUGCUGAAAGCUACCGAGUCCUUGAAGACCGUAAAAAAACACCUCAAGGAUCUUGGUUUCUUGGCUUUCAAGGGGUUGGUGGAGCAAAAAUUUAUCUUUGACCAACAGGACAUUGCUCACUUCCAAGUGGAUCAAAGCAGCCUUUCUCAAAUGUUUCUUGUGGAGAUCCUUAAGGAAGACAAAGACUCUUUGACCUGUGAGAAGAACUAUCACUUUGUUCAUACCAGCUUGCAGGAAUUCUUUGCUGCACUUUAUUAUGUUAUGGAGUCUAGAAUGGGCGGUGAUCCGUUCUCCUGCAUCAAGGGCAAUCACCUUUCAAAAUUUUAUAGGACUAUCUGUCGUGUGUUCAGUGUCCUGGGUACAUUCAGGAAACAGAUAAAGCUGAUGCUUCGCUGUCAUCACAACAGCCAGUCUGGGAACCUUGAUCUCUUCUGCAGGUUUCUCACAGGGUUGCUUGCUCCCAGGACAUAUAGAAUUCUGGAAGGCAUAUUUUCCACAUCGCAAAAGUCAAGUGAAAAGGAUCUGCAACAUCUUAUUAGGUUUCUUCACAAGCAGCUGUGCCCCACUUACAUCUUACCUGAGAGACAAAUCAACAUCUGUUACUGUCUGUAUGAAGCCCAGGACCCUGGCAUACGAGAGAAAGUGAGCCAGUUUGUGAUGCAUGCCACUGAGAGCAGUAACUCUCAGACUUACAGUUGUAAAGACUGGACAGAACUGGCAUUUGUUCUACAGCUAACCAAUAGCCUUGAGGAGCUCAACUUGGAGAACAAGGGAUUGGAUCCAGAAGCGGUUAAGAGGUUAUGCCCAAUUCUGCCAUUUUUCAAGACUCUCAGGCUUGCUCAAAAUCCAUUUGGAGCCGAAGGAGCCACUGUUCUGUCCCAGGUAUUGAUGAGCCCUGACUGCAAGGUGGAAAACUUGUGGAUUGUGGCAACUAGACUGGGAUCAGAAGGUCUACAGGAAUUGUGUGUGGGCUUGAAGCAAAACAGAAGUGUCAAGGACUUAAGAAUGGCGAUUAACAACAUCUGUGAUGAAGGUGCUGCUGCUCUCGCAGAGGUACUGAAGACAAAUGAUACUCUAUUAGAUGUCAGGUUACGGGACAACAUGAUUACUGACAAUGGAGCAAACCUGUUGAUGUCCGCUCUGAAGGAAAACUCUACUCUAGAAAAGCUCUGGCUUUUUGACAACAAACUUUCCAAAGAGGGUGUAAAAGCUUUAAAGGACUUUGCCAAGACCCGGGAGAAGCUGGACAUCAAAGCCUGUACCUAACACCAGUACAACAUUUUAAUAUUUUUUUUUUGUCAUGUCUCUGUGAUGUAAUACUGGAGUACAGGUUGUCUGUGUGAAAAUUAGAUUCUCUAGCAGACUGCUGACCUGUGUCUCAUGUUAAAAGUGUCCCACAAAUUGGGCUCAUCCUCCGUAUCUGCUAGAUUGUAAUGUCGCUAUUUACAUUAGGAUGACAGAUGACUAAACUUAUUGUCGAAAUUGCCAUCUUCCCUUAACAAAAUUGGACUAUAUGUUUAUAAAAAAAAUGAAUGGGGUCACAACUAUGUAGGGAAAAUAGUAAUAGAAAAAUAAUCCAUAAGGAAUGCAUUGUUUUGUUCAGGUGCUGUUAUGCGACAAUCCUAACAAAGGUCAGGCUGAUGAAAACCAAACCUGUUUGGGAAGUGCAUUCUCCUGAUUAAUGAAUGUCCUGUUCUUCAUCAGGUCUGUCCUAACUUACGAGAUAUUAAAGAUGGGCUGCUAGCUAUCAGCAUUUCUGAUUUGUUUACAUUUUUAAGUAAAGCCCCAGUUAAACAUUCAGUUUCAGUGGUGGAUAUCUGUUACCUGUUUUUUACUGUAAUAAAUAUUUACACUGCACCCAUUGUUCAGUGUAUUUUAUUUUUGUAGGUACUGUACUCACGAACUGUAGUGGAAGGAGGCUGUCUAGUGGCUAAACGGCAUUUCUCAACUACUGCACGGUUUGUUGUGACUUGGUGACAGAGCCUCACUACUGUACCCGCUGCCUCCCUUGUAUUACAGGAAUCACUUGGUGAAGUGAGCUACAACUCAGCCUUGUACACACUAGACAUCUUUCCUAAAAUAAUAUGAUCGAAUGUGCCAUUAUGGAGCCAUCCUGUGGCUCCAUUAUGUGUGUCCAGUGUGGCCAUAUUGUAAACUUUUUAUAUGUAUUUCCAUCUCUCCAAAUCGAGUCCUAUUUUUUCAUAUAAUGGAUUAAAAAUAAAAAUGUGUGUUUUGUAUUUACCAUGUGUUGCAAUAUUUUUGUAUGCUAUUGUAAUAAAUGUUAUUUUGUUAAUGUACA